CCCUCCCCUUCUUCUUCCUCGCUCCAAUCCUCCCAACCCCCAAGCACCAGAGCCUCCUCAACCUCCCGGCGCCGGCGCAUCGACGGCAUGGCCCGCACCAAGCAGACGGCGAGGAAGUCCACCGGCGGCAAGGCGCCGAGGAAGCAGCUGGCGACCAAGGCCGCCCGCAAGUCCGCCCCGGCCACCGGCGGCGUGAAGAAGCCCCACCGCUUCCGCCCCGGCACCGUCGCGCUCCGGGAGAUCCGCAAGUACCAGAAGAGCACCGAGCUGCUCAUCCGCAAGCUGCCCUUCCAGCGGCUGGUGAGGGAGAUCGCGCAGGACUUCAAGACCGACCUCCGCUUCCAGUCCUCCGCCGUCUCCGCCUUGCAGGAGGCCGCCGAGGCCUACCUCGUGGGCCUCUUCGAGGACACCAACCUCUGCGCCAUCCACGCCAAGCGCGUCACCAUCAUGCCCAAGGACAUCCAGCUCGCCCGCCGCAUCCGUGGCGAGAGGGCAUAGGCUGCUGCUGCAAUCCAUAUCCAUGCGCCGUGUCAGAUACGUAGAUCCCUGUUAGGCUGAGUUCAUCGGUGGAAAAUCCGUAGUGUUUCAGAAUGUGCGUCGUGUUAGAUCCAUGUUCCUCUCAUGGUGGGUGGAUGUGGUAUGCCUAAUCUGAUGGUACCUUCUUGUUGCCAUCAGCAAUGGAAAUGAAAAUGUUGGUUCCAGUUCUCAUA